AUGCAUCUCAACUUCUUGAAGGUCGUCCUUCUGGGUCUGAUUCUGCCCUUUGCGGUAGGCCAGCAAUUCCAGUACGCCACCGGAAAGUCAGAUGGAAGCUGCGAUGGCAAGAUCCCAGUGAUCAAUGACUGGAUCGAAGACGCUAGAGAGCUCUCCAAUGCCUUCAUGCAUGCCAUCGACAAUGUCGGGACCAGCAUUGUCGCCCAGAAGCUUUUCUCCUCCUGGUUUCGCCUCAAAUUCGAGAAGAAAGGUGAUGUGAUGGAGCCUGGCGACUCGUCCAAGGACUCCUGGAACCGUCUGACGACAAUCGCGAACGAAGUCCACAAAUUUCUCGUUCUCGACCAGCCAUACAAAGGCAUGCAGGGCGGGCCCAAAGUUUUCUGCGACGACAACUUUGUGCAAGAGCUCGACUGGGACAAGGUUGUGUUAGACGAUAACGACCAACCCGUCAUGUAUCAAGGACACCCGUUGAAGCUGAGCGAGCAGUACGCGAACGUUGAGCGAGACCUCGAAGGCUAUGUUCCCUGGUACGCAUGGGGCAAGAAGGGAUAUUUCUUCGCUGCCGAAGAGAACGGAGGAGCUCUCUGUGAUUCCACAACCCUGGGCGUGUCCAUUGCGGGCUAUCGCGCGAGGGAGGAAUUCGAUUACCCUAUCCCCCCAAGCGACUUGAUCUUCAACGAUAUCAUCAUCUUCUGUCCUGAGCUCUUCGACAAUCGGAUGAAACUCGUUCCCAAGCUUAAGGAUAUUUGGUACAUUGACCCCUCUGAAUACUGUGAGCCGGUGUCUAUCAGCACUGUCCUCCCUUGGAGCGGCACGUUGUACCACGAGAUGUUCCACACGGCAAGCGGCCAUGUUAAUAUGGAUCCAUCCAAUAAAUUCAAAGAUCCCCGAGGCUGGCACGUCACCGACUGGGAAUAUGACCCUAGGAUGGCCCAAGACCUCAUCCGCGAAGAUACCGUCGAAAAUGCCGAAACCUACGUUCUUUUUGCCCUGUCCUACUGGUACUACCGCAAGAACUGGAACGACCCCAGCCUCAAGCCUGUCACGUUCUAUGAUAGCUUUGCUGGCUUCUGGGAUGCUUAG